AUGAACAGCAACCGUUCUCAAAGAAGUAAAAGAACAAAAAAGAAGAAGAAUGAUGAGGAGAAAACAGUCGGCAGUGGUAAUCAGAAGACAUUAUUCUUUCGUCGUCAAAAAAAUGAAUCGAAUCCAGAGGAAACUGAAGCAUUUGCGAAUAUCUGCCGAUGCCUCAUUGAGCACCGCUGGUAUCACGGUGUGAUGCCACGUGGCGAGAUCAGCACACUUUUAGAAGAUGAAGGCGACUUUUGUGUUCGUAAAACAACUGAAAAGAGCAAACCGAUUGUGUGUAUCUCUGUGAAAUGUCAAAAAGAAGUUCGACAUUUUCCGCUGGUUUUCGAAAAUGGGCAGUGGACGUUGAAGAAUCUCAUCAAAACUCGUCGUUUCUUUGAAGUCGUUGAGCUACUGAACGCUUUGGUCACAGAGAAAAUAUCGUUGUCCGGGGCGAUUCUGGUUCGGGCGGUCCCUCGUCCAGACUAUUAUAUCCCUCAUAGCGAUAUUUCAUUGAUUUGUAAACUUGGAGAGGGAGCAUUCGGAGAAGUGUGGAAGGGUUCUUUAAAGCGUCAUGAGGAUGAAAAAGUGAAAAAAGUGGAAGAGAAAUCUGCACCGGGCCUGCCAACAACAGGAAGACAGGAAGGGCUCUCGGAGAAGGGUAGAUCAAAAUUAUAUGUGGCGGUAAAGAAAAUGAAAGGAAAUGCGACGAAAGCGAUGACGGAGGAGUUUGUUAUGGAAGCCAAACUAAUGCGUCAACUCGUCCAUCCGAACAUCGUCACCGUAUUCGGUGUCGCUCCAUCCGAAGAGCCCCUCAUGAUUGUUCUGGAACUCGCCGCCAACGGAUGUCUCAAGUCAUACGUGUCAAAAUACCAGUGUCCAAUGGAUCAGCUGAUGCAGUUCACUGCCGAUGCGGCACGUGGAAUGGCCUAUUUGUCAUCGAAACUUGUGAUUCAUCGAGACUUGGCUGCUCGUAAUUUGCUCCUUGGCUCUUCAGUUGAAGUCAAAAUUUCUGAUUUCGGACUGUCGUCCUCUGGAAAAACAGAGAUCAAAGUGAAGCAAAUGAAGGUUCCGAUUCGUUGGCUCGCCCCGGAGACUCUUGAGGAGGGAGUGUUUUCCACUAAAACCGAUGUCUGGGCGUAUGCAGUCACCCUCUGGGAGAUAUUUACUCGUUGCCAAUCAGAUCCAUACCCAGGUCUGACUAAUCAACAAGCCAAGGAUCUUAUCAGAGGAGAUGCUCUUCCGAUGAACCCACCGGAAGGAACACCACCGACUGUCAACCCUGAUAAUCGUCCUUCGUUCCCUGCAAUUCUGAAACGCCUCUGCCCGGAUGAGGAUCUCGCCGCUUACGAACCAAAAAGUCAAUGUAGUCAAAGUCAAAGCAGUCCAGCGAAAAAAUCGAGUGGACCGUCUGCUGAACCACUGUCGGCUCGUAGUAAAAGACCAGCGAGAAAGUAA